GAGGAGAGGGUGAAUCUACAAAGGCCUCAAAGCAGAGACGUUUAACACGGUAAAUUCACUAAAACGGAAAGUCUGAUUACACAAGUGUUUAAAAUGUUUCAGGGUAUGAAUGCCAAAUCGAUUGUUGGGUAGAAAAUAUAUUUAGAGACACUGAAGAAAAAAUUUCAAAUUGACUUCGGUCCAGUUCUAGCACUGUACCCUCAUACACCACAGCUCUGUCAAAAGAGGAGCAAGCUUGUGCUCUGGGCUUGUAGAUAUGAAACGUCCCAUACUUUUCUUUUCUUUCCUUCCCUAUAGGAUAUGCUUUCCUACAUCAAUCAAAACGGGCCGUUUACAGAAGGCAUCUUCAGAAAAUCAGGCAAUAUACAAUCACGCAGGGCCCUAAAGGAGAAACUAAACUCUGGGGACAAAGUGAACUUGGAUGAUGAAUCCAUUCUUGUGGUAGCAUCCACCUUAAAGGAUUUUCUUCAAAAUAUUCCAGGAAGCAUAUUUUCAGCCACUCUCUAUGAUAAAUGGCUUGAUGUUAUUGAUCAAGGGAAUGAGGAGGAGAAAAUAACUGCGACCCAGAGGCUUCUAGACCAGCUGCCAAGAGCCAAUGUAGUUUUUCUGCGAUACCUUUUUGGAGUGUUACACAACAUUGAGCAACAUUCCUCAUCCAAUCAGAUGACAGCUUAUAUUUUAUCAGUGUGUAUGACCACAAGCAUUCUUGGUCUGCUUAAUUCUGGCAGCACAGCAUUCGAAAACUUCACCAAGAAGAUUUCUUUCAUACAAUUUCUCAUUGAAAACUGUCUCAAGAUAUUUGGAGAAGAUAUCACGUCUCUCUUUGGACCGAAGUCAGUGAGUUGUGAUAACAGUGAUAUCACUGACGUCACUGAUAACAGUGAGAAGGUUGCAGACAAGAAGACAGUUAGCAAGAGUUCUGUCAAAACCUGGGCCUUUUGGUGUAGCUCCAGGACUCACGAGGACAACCAACACCCACCUCUACCACCCACAAAGCCAAAACAGCUCUUUGGAGCUCCUCUUGAGGAUGUAUGUGAUAACGACAGCCUGCCCACCCCAAUUCUGAAUAUGCUUUCCUACAUCAAUAAAAAAGGGCUGUUUACAGAAGGCAUCUUCAGAAAAUCUGGCAAAAUACAAUCAUGCAGAGCCCUAAAGAAGAAACUAAAUUCCGGGGACAAAGUGAACUUGGAUGAUGAAUCCAUUCUUGUGGUAGCAUCCACCUUAAAGAACUUCUCUUUCUUGAAUUCAGAGCAAGCACUGUGUCUUAAGUAA